AUGCCUCGCCGAGCACCAGUGCGCCAUACACAGUCCAGAAUAUCGGGCUCUACUACUUCUUAUUCCGCAGUGGCCACCCCGUUGGCGAAGGCGAAAACUCAGUGGCAAGAAGCGGAUACUGACACGGACAUUGACAGGCGCUAUCGCCAAUAUGCCCAGUCUGCGAAACGCAUUAUGAUUGGCCCAAUGCCUGUUGAUGCAUUCUUAAACUUCCUUCCCGAGACGGAUAUGUCUAUGAUGCCGCCUCCCGCACAAGCUUUCAGUAACGUGCCGGAUGGCACUGAAUAUAGGCAUCAGAUUAUUGAACCACUGACUGCUGCUCUCAACGGUGCCGGAAUGGGCCCCGCUCGGUCUGAGAGGUGUCCGGGAUUUAUAUUCAAGGACACGUCCACUUUUGGCAAGAAUCGCGGGGAGAUAGGAUCAAUGGUUCCCCAUAUUUCGUGUCUUUCCGAACAAGUCGUUGGCUUGGUGCAGCAGAGAUUCGCGGUGGCCAGUUACGCCGACCUCUACAUUGAAGUCCAACCACAAUCCGAACUUGACGCCUUCACAGAUCCAGCUCGCGACGCGGACCGCUCCUCCCAUAGUUUCUUUCUGAACAUUGACGAGAAACGAACGCGACAACGGGCCGAGCGGUCUCUGGGAAGGAACAUUGCGUGCGCGACUGAGGUGUGCGCUCGUCAGCAUCGCAGCUUCUACUUUUCGCUCGCAUUGUCCGGAUCGCGCGCCAGACUUAUUCGUUGGGACCGUGCUGGAGCGAUCAUCUCAGAAUCAAUUGACCUGCACUGUGACGCGGAGCCUAUCUGCGAGUUCCUAUGGCGAUAUGCCCACGCCUCGCAGUCGCAGCGUGGAUAUGAUACCACAGUCCAGCCUGCGACCAAGGUGGAGGAAAAGCUCUUCAAAGAGUCGAUCACACGCAUGGUCAGGUUCCAGCUGAACCUUAGCAGCCGGACAUCACUGGCUGCAGCAGUGAAGGAGCACUACCAGCAGGGAAUUGUGGCUGCAGUCACCGUGGUUGACGAUAGCUCUGUGGAGCAUCGACUACUGGUAUCUCGACCAGUCAACUCGCCUGUGUCAAUGACGGGUCAAGGAACAAGGGGGUACUGGGCUGUGAAUGCAGACAGCGGGCAAGUAGUAUUCCUCAAGGACACAUGGCGCUGGAAUGGCAAACGUCAGAUGGAGGGCGAGAUUCUGGCAGACCUACAUGCCGCUGGGGUACACAACAUCCCGCGGUUGAUCUGUCAUGGAGACGUCAAAGAGGCACGAACUCGCACCCAUGAGAUAGAUCAAGUAGAGGGGCCGGAGAAUUCCAAUUUCGAAGCCGGUCAAACCCUUCAGCGUACGCAAACGGAUCGAUUCUGUCAGGCCCGCUGGGUAGGCGAAAACCUGGCUUCAUUUCACCCUCGCGUGCACUAUCGAUUAGUUUUGGGGACUGUUGGAUAUGGGCUGGAGCGGUUUAGAGGAGCACAGGAACUUCUUCACGCCACAUACGAUGUGUAUCGAGCUAUGAUAGGUGUUUCCAGCAUCGAAGACCCCGCAAAGCGUAGAUUGCACUGCGACAUUAGUCUUGGCAACAUCAUCUUAUCGAGGGAUCCCGAUUCAACAGGCGUUGUACGGUCCGGGUAUCUAAUCGAUUGGGAAAUUUCCUCCUUAGUGACAAGCGAGGGCACGGCUCGCGAUUGCGCACCGGGUACCUUCCAAUUUAUGUCACAGCGCUUGUUAAGGCAGACUCCUGCUGCUCAUGCGAUCCAGGACGACAUGGAAUCUCUCCUCUAUGUCGUGCUGUACUGCAGCUUACUAUGGCUGGAUCACAAUCAAUCUCUGCUGAACCUGACAAGUCUAGUGGGCGCCAUCUUCGGCAGAUACAGAACCUUCGAUCACGCUGAAGAAUUCCGAAGUAGCGGGAGCAGACUUUCAAAUCAAUAUUAUCGGAUUUACACUUCAGAAGUCCGCUUCUCGAACGCAGCUGUUCAAGAGUGGCUGGACGCAGUUAUGGAUUUUGAUUCGGCCUACAUGAUUCAGUACCCACGGGAUACCACUCUUGCAAAGGUCUGGGAGAACCCCGCGGAGUUCAAUGCCUUCUGGACAAACUUUCUCAGCAAUCAUGCGAUAUCUAAUUGCGACAGAGUCCCGCGACAGUUAGGGCCACCCCCUGAAGUUUGCAUCGACUCGAGCUCGUCAGUAUUAUUGUCCGCAACUCCCGCGCCCUCCACGCUACUUCCGCGGAAGAGGAGAGCAAAAGACGAGCUCGUUCGCACAGAUGCGGAGGGCAUUAUAGUCGUUUCAGCAUCCUCACUGCCUCGCCCAGACUAUACAGGUCCUACCACGCGCUCGAUGGUGAAGCGGAGUCGGAUUAAGGCAUUGGAAUCCGGAGCGGAGUCGGAUUGA